ACGAGUUCAUGCUCGAAACGUCGUGUUUUUAACAAUCAAACUAUUACAUUUUCAUUCUGGUACUAAAUUUAUUUGCUAACUGUAUUAUCGUUAUAAGUGAUAUUCACCCACCUUAACAAUAUUAUUUCACAGUAAGCAAAUAUUUGAGACACUAUCAUAUAUCUCCUACCUUUACUGAUAUUAUUAAAUCACAUAGAAACGUUAAUAAGACUUAGAAUAUAUCGUUAAUUAAGUACUUUGAUAUUCAUGAAGUGAACUUUUUAAUAGAUGUUAUAAUAUUUCGUGUAUUUAUUUCCAGAUUGAUUAGUUAAUUGUAAAAAUUUCGUUUUGGCUUGAAUAUUUCGUAGAUGUUUGGACUCUUUUGAUUGUUGUUGUUUUUCUUGAUCGCUGUCUUUUGUUAUUUCAUCCUAUAACUCCAUGCGGGGUUUCUUUUCCACUCAUUACUUGGUCUCAGGUAUUCUUAUCUAUAAAAAUGCCCUAAAACAGACUCAUAAUGAUAUGUAUGCUUUUAUCAACGAAUAAAUUAGGUUCAUGUUUGAUUCAAGAUACCGAUUGAGGCAAAAAUGAUGGAUAAAAUCAAGAAUUUUUUGCCGUUGAAGAAUGAUGUGAAGAUUAGCAGCAUCAAGCAUGAAUUUUUUGUCCUUUGUGUUUUACGUGUAAUUUCAACAUCGUCAAUUAUUCCUUUUUCUCAGUAAUUGUUAGUGGAAAUUCUUAGGCAUCCCUAUUAAUCAGUGGAAAAGGGGAUCCGGGGCCUGGGAACAAAACAAAAUUUGACGUCACAUAAAUGAUUCAAUCAUUUGAGUCAGUUGGCAAAGUAGGCAUCAAUCGAAAGAAGGCAUCAAUCGACAAAGAAAUCCGUUUACGAAAAGUUGUAAAAGAUCUUGAAUAAUGGAAGAAGCGAUGGAACCCUUGCGUACGAUCAUAGGAAGUAGACUAAAUGAAAGAGCGCGGCUGAAUAUUGCCGGAGUAAUAUAUGAAGCGCGCAUGAUAACAUUACUUAAAUACCCACAGACCAGACUUGGAAGCCUAGCAACGAAAAUCAGAAGGACAUCAGUUGAUUCUAGUUCAGUGCUCACUCUCUGUGAUGAUUACGAUGAAGAAACUGGCGAAAUGUUUUUUGAAAGGGAUCCGACAGCGUUUCCUGCGAUUCUUAAUUAUUACGUUUCUGGCCAUCUGCACCUUCCGAGAAGUGACUGUGUGAAAGCUUUCGAGGAAGAGGUUAUGUACUGGGGGAUUCCAUUUGAUAUGGGGCCGUGUUGCGACUCUUAUUACUUUGAAGAAUGGGCGUGUGCCGAGGCAAUAAAAAAGGCGGACCAGCUUGAAAUCAGUUUGAAGAAGAAGGAAAAGAAUUCCGAGCCGGAGACGUCAGAUUGGAAGACAAUUCAAGCAAAAAUUUGGAAUCUGUUCGAGAACCCUGAGACAUCCUUGGCUGCAAAGGUGGUAUCAGUCAUAUCAAAUUUGGUUGUCAUCCUCUCCACCGUAAUCCUCUGCCUCAACACACACCCUGAUCUUCAAACAACUGCUGCAGAUGGGACAAAAGAAGACAAUCCGCACUUGGCUACAAUUGAGCUGGUUUGCAUCAUAUGGUUUACAAUCGAAUACGUCGCACGACUGAUAUCCUGCCCUAACAAAAAGAAAUUCCUGAUUGGAGGCCUGAACAUUAUAGAUCUUCUGACAGUUUUGCCUUAUCAUAUUGGUAAAAUCAUAGCCGUGACAACUGGUGGAAUCUCUUUAAACUUCAAGAAUACACGACGAUUCAUUCAGAUCCUCCGAACAAUUCGAAUCGUUAGGAUUUUCAAGCUGGCUCGACACUCUAUAGGCCUGCAAGUUCUAGGCUACACAUUGAAAGAAAGCUGUGAAGAACUUGGCCUACUUGCCUUGCUAUUGAUGAUGGGAGUAACUCUGUUUGCAACAUUGGUUUACUACGCGGAGGAGCAUGUUCCUGGUACACCGUUUAAGAGCAUAAUAGAAGGCUUCUGGUGGGCAACCAUUUCAAUCACAACAGUCGGGUAUGGGGAUAUCAACCCAGUGACAACAUUUGGCAAAAUCAUCGGCUGCAUCUGCUGCGUGUCUGGAAUUCUCUUCAUUGCCCUCCCAAUUCCAACGAUUGUUGGAAUUUCUCAAAGUUCUAUAGCGAGCAUCGCAACAAACAGAAAAUUGAGCUUCACAAAAUAGAGAACAAGGUGCAGGAAGGAUUUGAAGAAUAUCCACCUGAGACAGUUGAUAGGGCGAGAAGAGUUUCAAUGUUUCGCCAUAGACGAUCAACAAUUAGACCUGUCAACACUAUGGCCGUCAUAGCUGAGGUUUCCGUUUAGAGCUUGUAAGAGAAUAAGUAAAUUUUUGAUUUCAUUUAGGAAGUUCAUUGUAACAGAUUGCAAAAAUUAAAAUGAUAUCACUACUUUUUAAGACCUUCUGCCUUUUUUGUGGGUUUUUGUCGGUGCAGCUUCAUGCAGAUAGAAUAUAUCGGUUUUUUAAACGACCUGUGUUCGGUUCGAAGUAUAAGAAAGCAUCGUUGGGAAGUGGCAUUUUAGUUCGGGGCAACUGAUGGCUACAAAAGCAAAUCACAAACUAAAUGAAAUUGAAUCACGUAAAUGCCUGAGUAGGGAAUGCAUGCCAUCUUUUAUAAGACUGUAGCACCAAACAUGCAAGUGUGCAUUGGCCUUGAGUAUGUGCCUGAGUAAAUGCCUGAGUAGGGAAUGCAUGCCAUCUUUUAUAAGACUGUAGCACCAAACAUGCAAGUGUGCAUUGGCCUUGAGUAUAUCAACUACAUGUUGGUUUUAGUUCAGCCUGGCAUGUAACAAGAUUACCUUGAAGCAGGGUUGCUUAAGAACAGCAAUCAUUUAUCUUUACCCACCCAACCCAAUUCUUGAUAACUCCAGUUAUUUAUU